CGCGCCGCUCCGUGGGCCGCCGGAGCCGCACGUCGGGCCGCCCUCCUCUUCCUCCCCACCGCCGCCGCCUCUCGCUAUGAAUGCACGCCGGGCCCUGCUCUCCGCCGCCUUGCUCGCCAGCCUCCUCUGGGAUUUACCUUGCUGCCUCCCGGCUUCCCUCCCUGCCUCCUCGGAGCUCGCCUCUUCCUCCAAAGGUGGUCGCAGCCGCAGAGUGACGCGGUCCCCACGGGAAAACCGCCCGCGGCAAGGGGGACACGCCAUGGACCGGGCGCUCCCACGGGCGGAACCCCACGAGUACAUGCUGUCUCUGUUCAGGACUUACUCUAUCGCGGAGAAACUGGGCAUCAACGCCAGCUUUUUUCAGUCGUCCAAAUCCGCCAACACCAUCACUAGUUUUGUAGACAGGGGACGAGACGAUCUCUCGCCCGCUCCCUUGAGGCGGCAGCAGUAUGUGUUUGAUGUGUCGACCCUCUCGGAGACGGAGGAGCUCGUGGGGGCCGAGCUGCGGCUGUUCCGCCGGGCCCCCCAGGGCCGCCCGCCGCCCGCCGCCCCGCUGCACGUGCAGCUCUCCGCCUGCCUCUCGCCGCGACCGCUGGACUCCCGCGCCCUGGACCCGCGGGCGGCCUCGUCCUCCGGCUGGGAGGUAUUCGACGUGCGGCAGAGCCUGCGGGAGCAGCGGCCCUGGAAGCGGCUGUGCCUGGAGCUGCGGGCCCCGGCGGAGCGCGGGCCGCGGCGCUGGCUCGACCUGCGGGCCCUGGGCUUCGCGCGCCGGCCGCGGCCGCCGCAGGAGCGCGCGCUGCUGGUGGUCUUCACCCGCGCCCGGCGGCGGAGCCUGCUCGGGGAGCUGCGCGCCGAGCUGGGCGCGCCCCCGCCGCCCGCUGCCCGCCGCCCGCCGGCCCGGCGCCAGCGCCGCACCGCCUUCGCCAGCCGGCACGGCAAGCGGCACGGCAAGAAGUCCCGGCUGCGCUGCAGCAAGAAGCCGCUGCACGUCAACUUCAAGGAGCUGGGCUGGGACGACUGGAUCAUCGCCCCGCUGGAAUACGAGGCCCACCACUGCGAGGGCGUCUGCGACUUCCCGCUGCGCUCCCACCUGGAGCCCACAAACCACGCCAUCAUCCAGACCCUCAUGAACUCCAUGGACCCCGGCUCCACGCCGCCCAGCUGCUGCGUCCCCACCAAGCUGACCCCCAUCAGCAUCCUCUACAUCGACGCGGGCAACAACGUGGUGUACAAGCAGUACGAGGACAUGGUGGUGGAGUCCUGCGGCUGCAGGUAGCGGGCGGGACGCCCCUCGGCGGCGGCCGGGUCUGCGUCUGGCGGAGCUGCGGCGGC